UGACUUUUUCUGGGGAUGUGUUAUUGUGUUUCGCAGGUUAUUGAAGGCAAUGAAGAUACGCCUAGGCAGGUUGUCCUUACGGAGCCAACGUCAUUAGAUGGAGACUCUGAUGCUUAUAAAGCUCCUAAUCUCGUUCGAAGGAUUUUAAGUCUAUUUAUAAAUGUACGGCCAGGAUCAGAUCUCACAAAAUUUCAGCUGCCACCCCUUUUCAACAUUCCAAAGUCACACCUCCAAUGUUUUGGUGAAUCUGUGUAUUCUGUGGGUAAAGAUUUGCUGCAUGAGUGCAACAGUGAAGAGAGCUCACAAGACAGAUUCAUAUCUGUGGUUGCAUGGAGCAUAUCUACAGCUCGUCCUGUUGUCUUUGGUGUUGCUCCUUACAAUUCUAUUCUUGGAGAGACUCACCAUGUCUCUAGGGGAAGCCUCAAUGUUCUCCUAGAACAGGUUUCACAUCACCCACCUGUUUCUGCACUUCAUGCAACUGAUAAGGAAGAAAACAUUGAGAUGAUUUGGUGCCAAAAUCCAGUUCCUAAAUUCUAUGGGACUAAAGUGGAAGCUGAAGUGCAUGGCAGAAGGCAGCUUAAGCUCCUAAAUCAUGGAGAAACAUAUGUGAUGAAUUCACCAAGUCUGUUGAUUAGAUUUCUUCCACCCGGUCUUGAUUGGGUUGGCAAUGUUAAGAUUCACUGCCAAGAGACUGGCCUUGAAGCUGAGCUAUGUUACUUAACCAAUUCUUUCUUAGGACGCAGAGGACCCCAUUCCAUCAGAGGAAGGAUCUACCACUCAUCAUCUUUGGAGACUCUUUAUGAGCUUGAGGGACAUUGGAACAGCAUUGUGACUUUGAAGGACAUUAAUAAUGGGAAAGAGACUGUCAUAUACAAUGCAAAAGAAGUAGUCUCGGGGCUGAAAACCCCAAUUGUCAAGGAUCCUCAGAUCAUGCAUUCAACUACGAUUCAGAGUUCUCCAACUGCAUUUCCUGUUGUAGCACUUCUGAUUCGCUCCUUCGAUUAAAGGAUUUCUCUCUGAUGGUGUCAAGAAGUGGCUUCCAUGACCUUCCACCAUUAGACCUUCUCAUACCAUUUGCAAUACCACUUGUCGGUGGCUCCAUAAACCUGCUAGGACUUGUAGCAGGCGAAUUCAAGAUUGGCAUAGUUCUUGAAGACUUGUUAGCUUGACAAUUGCUUGAUUUUGCUAUCGAAUUAAGCUUCUUUACCACAGCGGCAAGGUCCAUAGGAGAAGCUUCAGCUGCAAAGGUUGAGUAAGGAAGCAAGAAGUAGAUUUGGCCUGGUUGAAGUUGGGUUUCUGGCUUUAGUGGCUUGGACCCUGUUGAUAGAAGCUGAACUGGUGUGCAUACAAAAUGUUUAGGGGGUUCACCUGUGAUUUCGCUAACAGAAACUGGAUAAUCAAAAUCCUCUACAUAACCAUUCAGAUGAACUACACGAAUGUUGUUGAGUUUAGGUGAUGAUCUGCAAGAAAAACAACAACCCAUCUCUCUCUCUCGCUCUCUCUCUCUCUAACCCUUCAGAAGAAUUGAGGCAUUGCAUGACUAUAUAAAGGAUUUAACGCUCUGAUUGGUGACUUGAAAAGAAGACUUGUUGCCGUUUAUUGACGGUUGUUGCUACUUUCUGGCCAACUACUUGAAUAUGUUAUCCUUGUGAGUCGUGGCACACUUCACUCUAUCUACUACCAACAAGAGAGCCAUUGGUCAAAGCAAUUGGGUGGAAUAUGGGCUAAGUUUUUAAUUACUUUUAGUAGUAUCAUAAGAUAUAAUUCUCAAAUUAUAUUAAAUAAAAUCAAGCCACCUGGAAAUUUAGCCAUUAA